UCGGCAUGUCUUUGUAUGGCCCUGUCUGUCUGCCUGCCCUGGAGGUCAUCAGGGUCUAGCUACCUAGGUAGCCCCACCAACCCCAGACCAGGCCACUGGGACGCGGGCAAGGCGGGGCUAAAGCCCCUGUAAUUAUAGUACAAUGGUUCCCGAAUUCCUAGGAAUCGAAGCUGCGUACCUAGGCAUCGUCAAGUUCCUCCUACACACCUCCGAAAGUUGACAUUUUGCAAACUACAUAUGUACCAUCCAACCAUACAAGCUAUCAACCCCAUUCUACACCUCGGCCGAAUAGUAUCGUCCUUUCGACUGCUCACCCUUCAUCGCGCAACUUUCAACCCCUGGCACUUGGUCCCAGAACCCCAAACAAGACCAGAGCGUGUGUGCCUUGGGUAUAAAACACUCCCCGGCCGACACACACGAAGAGCUACUCUCUGCCGACCAGUCUCCCGAUUCGCAAUGUGCACCCUACAGCCUAGCAGGUAGCACGGCUCUCGAUAUUCCUGUAUGUGUCGAAUGUGUCGAUAUUGCGCCCGAGACGAUGCAGCCAUCACGACCACAGCAGCGCCCUCCCGGUAGCUUCUCCCCUCUUGUUCCUGGCUCCAUUGGCAAUGCCUCCUCUUCCGACCUCGCUAGCUCUUCCACCAUCUCGGCCGCUUCAAACGCUGCUGCUGCCGCCAAUGCUGCUGCUACUGCUGUGCCGGUCCGGCCCAUGAUCCGGAAAAUAGACACCUCAUCUUCGACCGAAGAUUCCAUCUCCCUCCCCAAGACCAGAGCGCCACAGACCCCGAUCAGUCUCGCAAGUCCGAUUUUCCCCAAUUCGCCUGGCCGGGGAAGCCCCCAGAACUUCUCGCGUCCUAAUCGAGCCGCCAACGAUGGUUCCAGCAUAAGAAAUGCCUCUCCCUUGACCCUUCCUCCUGCGCGUGCUGGCCACGCCAGGAAACAUUCGCAGAGCGCUGGCUUGUUUGAACCCACCAUGCCGUCUACGAGCACCUCCAACUUGCCACAAGUUGGCACGUCGCAGUCGUCCGCUACACUCGCUGCUCAAGCGGCCAUGCAACACCAAAACCAACAUCAGCAACAUCAGCAUCAGCAGCAGCAGCAGCAACAACCACAACAACAACAACAACAACACAGUCGCCAUCGCUCACAGACAGUGCCGUUUCCUGGAAGUGAGACUCAUCAUGAUCCUCCCAAGAGACCUCCGCCAAAGCCUGUCGUUGGUCCACGGAGUCCUCCCAUGCUCAGCUUGACAGAAGCUAGUGCACCACGCGAUGGUAGUUUCGGUAGCCAAGGCUAUCAUAACGGCCUUCUAGGCAGCUAUGUUUCUGCUGCUACCACGGCAGCAAACGCGGCCUUUCCUAGAACUUCAUCCCAGUCAACCUCGCCGGUACCACCGAUCCCGGAACCCUCUAUGCCGCCUCCGGAGAAGCCCGCGAAGGCCGAAAAGUCCAAGGUCAAACUAUUUUCCCGUCCAAAGAAGAUUGACACGAAGAGCGAGUCAAAGGAACGGCCCAUACCUAGUCCUGGCAAGAUUGGGUCCGCCCUUGCUUCCCUCCAGCGAGGGAACUACAGCACUACCAGCCUGGCUGAUACUCAGUCCUUCUAUAAUAUAGCUAAUUCAUCCUCAGCCACCAUCCGCGCCACGGAUUCGCCGAUAGAGCGGGAAGGAAAAGAGAAAGACAAGGAAAAGAAACAUCAUCAUUUCUUAUCCCGCCAGAAGCACAAGUUGACGAGUAAAGACGAGCACAACUUACCCCUGUCUUCUGCUGCAAGCAACUCCCGCCCCGUUGAUCCUAACGCGCCCUCGAGCUUGUACAACUUCAAUCCACCUCCGAGUCCUGGUCCUAACAGCGCCUUAGGCAAAAGCGUUAGCGGUCUUGACUUGCGCCAUGGUGGCCGGGCAUUACGAGAGAAGAGGAAAGAAGAGAAACUCAGCGAUAUCAUGCGCCAUGAAAAUGACUCGACGUUCGGUUUAGUAACUGAGUGGACUGGUCCUGGCAGCCUGGGAACGUCGGCGAAUAAUGGUUCAUAUGUCCAUGAGCCCAUAGACUCAACCAAGUACGGCUUAAACAGUAUGUCUUUCGACGAUGCUUGGCCGUACCUAAAAGCAAAGUUACUCGUUAUCUUCGAAGGCGAGGAUUUGCGUUUGCCAGUCGAGGAUCUCAACCGUGUCGUCACACUGCAUAUCCAAUACUGCAUACAGCGUCGCGCAGCCCUCAUCAUUAUCGAGGACUUGCGAGACCUGUUGACAACGGGAUUUGCAUCUCUCGACCACACUCUACGUAGAACCACAGAGGAACAAGUUAUCCCCGCUCUCGUUGAGCUAUGGGUGAUUACCUUCACAAACAUCCUUCCAUACCUACAGGCAGUCUUCUUACCGUUGGAUCUAGAAUUUUCGGGAGUUGGGCCGCUCCUGACGGCUGAGCAAGCACGCGACUUCUGGGGUGGCGUAGUUGCUGGUGGCCCUCCGUCAAGCACACCAGCAGGUAGUGCUCUGCAAGUCUCGCCCGCCGCCAACGUGCUCGACGUGCGGCAGAUGGUCCUUACGGCUUACCGCGACAUUCUAAUCUUACCGCGCUAUGACAAACUGAAGGCUAUCUUCUCUCGACUUUCCCUCGAGCAUCUACCGUAUUCUCUCGCCUCGCUUGCUCUAGCGUCGCCACCUAUCCCUAGUGAAAGCUUGGCUUCCCUAUCGACAUCACCAUCUGAUGGUGGUUUCGGAGGGAUACGCCCGGGCACGGCUAUGUCGCUCGAUCCAAGCGUAGCCAGCUACAACUCGACUACGACGACGGUCUUUGGAAACGACUCAAACCCAUCGAGGAGUCGUGCGAUCAGUAACGUUUCAUAUGGGAGCGGUGUAUCGGAUCCAGCGUCGGCGAGCGGCGGAUCACUUCUUCGGCCCUUUACGCCACAGACACGUGAAAGCGACCGCGCACGAGAGAUGCUGGGUAGUGUGCGUGAGCAGAAUGUCGAGGACAGCAAGCAAGUCACUGAGAUGGUCGGCCGGCUGUUACAAUGCAUGAGCGUCCUCGCCAGCAUCGGCACGGGGAUGGGAGGAAGUCAGGUGACAGGGCCUGGCGUGACGGAUGAAGCCAGUAAGAUGGUAUCUGAGCUUGGUAGACUGUUAAAGCUGAACUGGCUGGGCAGGGGCCGAACGGGCAGGAACAGGAGAGGCAUGGUCGGUGGCAGGGUCAAACGUCCAGACAACAGGUCGAAUAGCAGCGUGCUGCGCGAAGGGGUGCAGGAAGGUGUCGGGGUAACAGGGUGACGAGGUGACGAUGUAGGAAG